CGCCAAACCAAAACCCACAGAGACCAAAGCCUUGUAGUUAUCUUCUCGUUGUCCGAAAAAAUCCCCAUUCUCUCUCCCUCUCUAAAACUAGGGUUUCUCAAUUCUCAUAUUCGCCGUCUUUUUUUAUCAUCAACGGGAAAAUGCUACGGUAAAAAAAAACAACGAUGCAGAAGAUUCUUUGCAAGACGACCACCACUUACUCAACCCCUCCGGUUAACUCCUUCGCCGCCGGUUUAAUCUCUACACAACACAUCGCCUUACCUUCUCUUCUAGGGUUCAAAACCUCCAGACCUAUCUCCACUUCCGCUAUGCUGCUUCCUCCAACAAAGACCGGUUCUAUUUCCGAAAACGGCGUCGUUUGCUCAGGGAUUCUACAGAGAAACCGUUUCCACAGAGCGGUGGUGUCUUCGGUUCGGUUCUCAACUUCUUGCCGCUGCUCUAUCACUAGUAGGAACCGAGCUUGGGUUGGUAGAAGCGGCACGUGGCGUUCGUGGCUUCACUCUGAAUCUAACGGCGGUUUGAGCUCCGUUAAUGCUAGGGGAGAAGUUGUUGAAGACGUCUCUGAUGGAGAGCAAACGGAAAAAGAUGAAAAACCGGUUAGGAUAAACCGGAGAAACCGAAGCUCAAAUGAGUUAACCGGUAAUAAUCCAGAUUUGCUGAAGAUUCCUGGUGUUGGUUUAAGGAACCAAAGAAAGCUUCUUGAUAAUGGAAUAGGAGAUGUUGCUGAGCUCAAGAAGCUCUACAAAGAUAAGUUCUGGAAAGCAAGUGAUAAGAUGGUUGACUAUCUCCGUAGCUCUAUAGGUAUUAUACACAGAAACCACGCAGAGAGCAUAACAACGUUCAUCAAAGAGAGUGUAGACGAUGAGCUAAAGUCUGAGCAGCCUAAUCUAAACGGGAAGAAGCGUUUGACGUUUUGUGUUGAAGGGAACAUUAGUGUGGGGAAAUCAACUUUCUUGCAGAGGAUAGCGAAUGAGACCAUUGAGCUGCGUGACCUUGUUGAGAUAGUUCCUGAGCCUGUUGAUAAGUGGCAAGACGUUGGACCAGACCACUUCAAUAUAUUAGACGCUUUCUACUCUGAGCCUCAGAGGUAUGCUUACACUUUCCAGAACUAUGUGUUUGUCACGAGGCUGAUGCAGGAGAAAGAGUCUGCUUCUGGGGUUAAGCCACUUAGGUUGAUGGAAAGGAGUGUCUUCAGUGACAGAAUGGUGUUUGUGAGAGCUGUUCAUGAAGCCAAGUGGAUGAAUGAGAUGGAGAUUAGUAUAUACGACUCUUGGUUUGAUCCUGUAGUCUCUGCUUUACCUGGACUUGUACCUGAUGGGUUUAUAUACUUGAGGGCGAGUCCUGACACUUGUCACAAGAGGAUGAUGCUUAGGAAACGAGCAGAAGAAGGUGGAGUGUCGUUGAAGUAUCUGCAGGAUCUGCAUGAGAAGCAUGAGAGCUGGCUGUUACCGUUUGAGAGUGGGAACCAUGGGGUGCUCUCUGUUAGUAAACCGUCUUUACAGAUGGAUAACUCUCUUCAUCCUGAUAUUAAAGACCGUGUGUUUUACUUGGAAGGGAAUCAUAUGCAUUCUAGCAUCCAGAAGGUUCCUGCUUUGGUUUUGGACUGUGAACCAAAUAUUGAUUUCAGCAAAGAUAUUGAAGCGAAGAGACAGUAUGCACGGCAAGUUGCUGAGUUCUUUGAGUUUGUGAAGAAGAAGCAAGAAACGUCACAAGAUAAUAGCACUACUCAGUCGCCGUUGCUGAUGCCUCCUCAUAACGGAGGUCUUUGGAUGGGACCAGAAGGGAAGCAUGUUCCGGGGUUAGAACUUCCGUCUCUUGAUUUCAGGAAGGCAAUGUCGCUCUUAACCAGACCGUCUGCGUGA